CUCCAUCAGCGAGAAGAGAACUAGAGAGCUCGAGGUGGAGAUCUCUCUCUUCUCUCUCGGAUGGUGACGCCAAGCCGAGCCCGUGCUCCACCAUGCACGCGAGCGCACCAGAUCGGAGCCCUAGCCCUUGCUUCCAUUGUCUUCUUCUUCGCCCGCUCUCUCGACCGCCCUGCUACCUGCGUAUACUCGCCGUCGCCCCCUACCACUUCGCUCUUUGACCAUGCCGGGACGUUGAGGUGGCCAGAGCGUGGAUAUGGGUCUGUGCUGUCUCUCAAGAUCUAUGUCUACGAUGAGCGCGAGAUCGAUGGGCUUAGAGCGCUGUUGCGUGGUAGGGAUGGCCGGAUCUCCGCCGAGUCCUGCUUCAAGGGCCAAUGGGGCACCCAGGUUAAAAUUCACCAGUUAAUGCUCAAAUCAAAGUUCCGGACAUUGAAGAAAGAGGAAGCUGAUUUAUUCUUUGUUCCAUCUUAUGUAAAAUGUGUGCGAAUGAAUGGUGGCUUGAAUGAUAAGGAGAUUAACCAGACUUAUGUUAAGGUCCUAAGUCAAAUGCCAUACUUUCGUUUAUCUGGUGGUCGUGACCAUAUUUUUGUCUUUCCUAGUGGUGCUGGUGCUCAUUUGUUUCGAUCUUGGGCAACUUUUUUGAAUCGAUCAAUCAUUCUUACGCCUGAGGGGGACCGAACAGAUAAGCGAGACACUAGUGCUUUUAAUACAUGGAAAGACAUUAUCAUCCCUGGGAAUGUUGAUGAUGGAAUGACUAAUUUCAUGGGUUCAUCUAUUGUCCAACCAAUUCCUUUGUCAAAGAGGAAAUAUUUGGCAAACUUUCUUGGUCGUGCACAAGGAAAGGUUGGUCGUCUCCAACUUGCAGAACUUGCAAAACAAUAUCCUAAUAAGUUGGAAUCUCCAGAAUUAAAGCUCACUGGCCCUGACAAAUUGGGAAGGACAGAAUACUUCAAUCAUUUGAGGAAUGCCAAAUUCUGCGUAGCUCCUCGUGGCGAGUCAUCAUGGACGCUUCGCUUUUAUGAAUCUUUCUUUGUGGAAUGUGUUCCUGUGAUUUUAUCAGACAAAGUAGAACUUCCUUUCCAGAAUGUGAUUGACUACACACAGUUCUCUAUCAAGUGGCCAUCGACCAAGAUAGGACCUGAACUCCUCGACUACCUUCAAUCCAUACCAGACGAAGUAAUCCACGAGAUGCUAGCUCAUGGACGUCUAGUGAGGUGUCUCUUCGUUUAUGCUCCUGAAACUGGACCAUGUUCAGCUAUGCUAGGUAUAAUGUGGGAGCUACAAAGGAAAGUGCGGCGAUUCCACCAGUCUGCUGAAACAUUCUGGCUGCACAAUGGAUCGAUUGUAAAUAGAGACUUGGUUGAGUUCCAUAAUUGGAGAACUCCGGUUCCUUUGCCUUAAUGAAUUAAAACUCGUUUUGGGGUUGCUAUUCUUUUUAAAUACUAGAUCAUAGUUUACAACCCAGAACACAUCAUUUUGUUGUUAUUUGCUCAGAGCACGUGUACUGAGCUUGAAACUUUCAAUACAUUGAGCUGUAAAUUGGUGUACUGAA